GGGCGGAGUCCAGGGCGGGCGCAGGCCGAGGGAGGGGGCGCGGUGUCUCUGGAGUCAGGCGCUCCCUCAGGCCGCGGACCCGAUGCUGACUGCUGCUGAUCCCGCGGCGGGGCCGGUGGGGAUGUGACGGGCAGUGCCUCGCCUCACCUGCGGUCCUUGGGCCCGUAGGUUACUGGGCGGCCCGCAGUCGGGCCGCGGCGGAGGAGGCAGCGUGACCUCCGCACGAGUAUCCUGUGGUUUCCUGCUUCUUUAAGCUUCUAACAUUUGCUACUGGUGCUGAUGCUGGGAUGUGACAUACCCUCUGGAGAGCAACCAGUCAGAAGUCUCCUUCCUUUUUAAAUUCUGUCAGAUUUUAAGAACAAAUGCAUCUUAUAGCUCAUGGAAGAAAAAACACAAAUCAAGACAUUUUUGGGUUCCAAACUACCAAAGUAUGGAACAAAAUCUGUGAGGAGUACACUGCAGCCAAUGUCAAAUGGGACACCUGUUAAUUUAUUGGGAACUUCCAAGAGUAGCAACGUCAAAAGUUAUAUAAAAAAUAAUGGCUCUGAUUGCCCAUCAUCCCAUUCAUUUAAUUGGAGAGCAGCAACUAAAUACCAACUCAGUGCGCAAAGUGUUGAAGACCGUAACAGUACUCAAACUUCACACGAUAAAGUAAUUGAUCCUGAAAAACAUGCACCUACUCAAGGAAUUUUUGAUAAAAAUGGGAUAAAGGGUGGCUUGAAAAGUAUUUCUUUACUCACAUCAAAGUUAGCAAAGCCAUCUACUAUGUUUGUGUCAUCUACGGAGGAGUUAAACCAAAAGUCUUUGUCUGGACCAUCUAGUUUGGGUAAAUUCACCAAAGGCACAUUAUUAGGAAGGACUUCAUAUUCUUCAGUCAGUGCUCCAAAAUCACAGUUGAAUGGAUUGUAUGGAAACCAUUCAGCUGGUAGCAUACAAAGGCCUAGAGCAAACUCCUGUGCCACAAGAAGCAGUUCUGGAGAAGGCUUAGCACAAUCCCUAGACAAUAUUAAAUCUCUUACUUGUGAAAAAAUGGUAAGGUCACAAAGUUUUUCACAUUCCAUUCAGAAUUCAUUCCUUCCACCUUCAUCUAUAACCAGAUCACAUUCCUUCAAUAGAGCUGCAGAUCUUACAAAGCCUUAUCAGAACCAACAGCUACCCAUUAGAGUGCCUCUGAGGUCAAGUAUGCUAGCAAGAAAUUCCCGGCAGUCAGAAGUACUCAAUGGGAAUGAUCACCUAGGGUAUGGAUUUAAUAGGCCUUAUGCUGCUGGUGGAAAGAAGUUGGCUUUACCAAAUGGCCCAGGUGUAACUUCCACUUUGGGUUAUAGGAUGGUUCAUCCCUCUCUACUGAAAUCUAGUCGACCUCCAUUUUCUGGCACUAUCACAGUUGAUGGUAAUAAAAAUUCACCUGCUGAUCCAUGUGUAGAAGAAGAUGCUGAGCUUAUGGCUAAGGAUGGAGCUACUAAUAAGGACCAAGAACUAAUUGAAAAUGAUAGUUAUAGAACAGAAAAUGACCAGACCAUGAAGCAUAAUGCUAAAAUUAGAUACCUGAGUGAUGAUGUGGAUGAUAUUUCCUUGUCAUCUUUGUCAUCUUCUGAUAAGAAUGAUUUAAGUGAAGACUUUAGCGAUGAUUUUAUAGAUAUAGAAGACUCCAACAGAACUAGAAUAACUCCAGAGGAAAUUUCUCUCAAAGAAGAAAAGCAUGAAAAUGUACCACCAAAGGAUAUAUUUGAUUCUCCCAAGGAAAAUGAAAAAACUAAAACUGACGAGUGGAUAGAUAUAAGUGUCUCUGCAAUUGAAGACAGGAGUGAAUGUACAAAACAUACUUCUGGGAGCAACUUGAUUUCACCAGAUACUGAUUACAGAGCUGGUUCUUCAUUUGAGCUCUCUCCAUCUGAUAGCUCUGAUGGAACAUACAUGUGGGAUGAAGAGGGUUUGGAGCCCAUUGGAAAUGUCCAUCCAGUUGGGAGUUAUGAGUCCUCAGAAAUGAACAGCAUAGAUAUUCUAAAUAAUCUUGAAUCAUGUGACCUUGAGGACGAUGACCUUAUGCUUGAUGUGGAUCUGCCUGAGGAUGCACCUCUUGAUAAUGUGGAGUGUGACAAUAUGAGCCGCUUUGACCGGUCAGACAGAAAUGUUCGGCAGUCUCAGGAAGGAUUUUGGAAAAGGCCACCCCAGAGGUGGAGUGGACAGGAGCAUUACCACCUCAGCCAUCCUGACCACUAUCAUCACCAUGGAAAAAGUGACUUGAGCAGAGGCUCUCCCUAUAGAGAAUCUCCUUUGGGUCAUUUUGAAAGCUAUGGAGGGACCCCCUUUUUCCAGGCUCAGAAGAUGUUUGUAGAUGUACCCGAAAACACAGUGAUAUUAGAUGAGAUGACGCUCCGGCACAUGGUCCAAGAUUGUACUGCUGUAAAAACUCAGUUACUCAAACUGAAACGUCUGUUGCAUCAGCAUGAUGGAAGUGGUUCACUGCAUGAUAUUCAACUCUCAUUGCCGUCCAGUCCAGAACCAGAAGAUGGUGAUCAAAUAUAUAAGAAUGAAGAUUUAUUAAAUGAAAUAAAACAACUUAAAGAGGAAAUAAAGAAAAAAGAUGAAAAAAUCCAACUAUUAGAACAUCAGCUUGCAACUCGGUGUAACUGCCACCAAAAUUCUAAAGAGGAAAAAUGCACAUAUGCUGAUAAAUAUACUCAAACACCCUGGAGAAGAAUUCCUCCUCAAGUACUACAGCCUUCCAGCAGCCUUCCCAGACCCACAGACCACGCCCAGGGAAAACUAAUAAAGCCGCAGCAUAUCGAGGCCCACAGUGAGUGCACCGUCCAGGGCAUACAGCAGAGUGUGGCACAUCUGGAUGAAAGCUUUACACACGGCUUACAACAAGAAAGCAGCUGUGAUCUGGAAGACCGGCCUUUUUCUUCAAGCCCACAAUUCGCCGAGGAUGGGGCGAAGAGUACAUCUUCUGAAGCAAACUUGAACAUGACCACGAAUGCUCAAGAGCCUUAUCAUUCGGCAAAUAAUCAAAUUAGUGACAUGCAAUUUGUACCUACUUCCCUUCAGACACUUCCCCAGUCAAGUACAGUAGACCAGACUAAGAGAGUUGGAAGAAAUCAGUCUUCACUGGAGGGCUAUACGUCCCAGCCCAAGUCCUUACCGCUUUUUAAGCCAUCCAUCUCAAAUUCUUUGGUACCUCCUCCAGUUUCUGAAUCAUCUCCAAGUAGAAAUCCCAUUUAUAAAAAGUCGUCAGUAACCACACCAUGGAAUUCAUCAAAACUUCAGCCAACAUCUAGUCAAACAAAUCUUGCAAGUAAUCCAAAUCCAAAAGCAUCUAAGCUCCGCCCCCCUUCUGGCUCUUUUAGACAAAAACAAAUAAGCAGCUCCCAACUAGAGCCUCAAAACUUCCAGGCCAAGACAAGCAUCCCAAGGCCUCUAAUAAGAAGAAAAGAAAUCAUGCAGAAUCUGAAUGGCAAUUUGAAUUCUGGGGAUUGUUUGGCCUCUAAUCGAUACUCCCGUCUUCCUAAACCAAAGAUACAUUAAGUGCGUAGCCAUCACCUGCCAAUUUGUUUUUUUAAAAAACAAUCUGUUCUGUAAUAGCUUUAUGUGCAGUUUGCUACCAUGAUGGAGGUUCCAUUGAAAGCUUGCAAAUCUUAAAAUUAAAAUGUGGAAGCUUCUAAUAGUUUGGCUCUUCCAUUUUAUAUCCUGGUUGAAGUACACGGCAUUUGAGCAUAUUUGUCUCAGGUAAACACAAAAGUUUGCUUACCCAUUUCAGAGGCCUACUGAAGGCUCUAAUUAAUGUUAUCCAUCUCUCUGCACAUCAGAAAGUUCAUAAUAUUCCACUUAGCAGGCAAGAAAUGUGCUUUGCUCAUUUAGUCCUUUUAAGGUCUGUAUUAAAUGUGGUUCUUAGAGCCUCACCCUUUUUCACUUGUCCCUCCUGUGAAUAUGGUUACUGUUUUAACUAGAGAUAUGGUGAUAAUUGAAGAUGGUAGACUAUAAGUAAAAUUCUGGCCAGUGAUUUGUGUAUUCAAAAGGUCUAUGCAAAAGCUUUGUGAUGAAUAAAAGAGAUCAGGCUUUUAGUGGGAAGUCUAUGUAAGUUUUGUUUUUCCUUGCUAGGAUCAGCCAGUUAGUCUCAGUAUUUAUUUAUUUACCAAACUCUGCUGGCUAAAAAUGUUUCAUGUGAUAUAAAAACCAAUUAUAUGUUGCUUUAGUAUCCUGUUUUGCGUGCGCGCGUGCACACACAUACACAGACACACAACAUUUGUAUUUGAUUUUGUUACUCCAUAGAUUUUGGAAAGCUUGGAUUAUAUCUUGAAGCCUAUACCUGAAGGUGUAUUCAUUUUGUAACAUGUGUUGUUGGUGCUAGAGUUUUCCUGGUAGUUGUUUCGAAUCCUAUAGGCUUCUGGAUCCAUGAUAGCUGUUUUAAAGUUCCACAGCUUAUAUUUUAAAUUAAGUCUUUAUUUUGAUAUUUAUAUUUAUUGACUUUCUGCUAAUAUCUGAAGACUGGAAUAAUGGACUUGAAAUGUUUGCACAAACUUUGGUGAGUUAUAAAUACCCCACAGAGAAGGAUUGAAACUAUUUUCUAUAGCAAAACAGUUAAAAUAUUUUGAGAAUAAUUAUAAACUUAAGUACGACUAUCUUGAGAAAGCUGAAAAAAAUUUUUUUUUUUUUAAGAGUUUUCCAGGUUUCCCUUUUAUGUUAGUGUGUUUGAAUGGCAGUUUCUUGAGAAGUAGAUUUGGGAUGAAAAAUAGAAUUGGAGAGGGACAUUGUAUUUUAUUAAAAGGUAUUAAAGGUGAUCCUAAUGUUCUAGGAAGGUAGCUGGGGAACUGCCAAGGGACCAUAUGCUCUAACCCAAUCAUGCUGCCGGCCACUCAUCAGAUGGUUCAGUAAAUUUGCCCUCUGUUCUCCCAAAUCAUGUCAUCUUGAGGCUGUUCACCUGUUGCUGCUUUAAUUAGAAUUAAUGCUUUUCAGACAGAUAGCCUUUUGUUGUAAUCAGCUGACCAAAAAUGUAUCAUAAGGGAUUAUGACCAAAAACUUAGUCACUCAAAUUCUAAGGAUUACAUUUUAAAAAUGUUCACUGGUGAAAUUGCCCUUUUUAAGAAAAACAACAGCAAGUGCUUUAGUGGAAAUUUUGAAAGAGCUGUUUACUGUCAUUUUGAUGCAGUCUUCCCUUACCUCCCAGAGGACCAUUCAAGUGAAUCUGCCAUUCACUGGAUAUGAAAAUCAUUCUUGGAUUGGUAAGUGGUGAGCAACACAAAUCUAGUACCAGAGUCUCAUUCAGCAGCACUUUUGUCAGAGAAACACUAAAGUUCAGAAAGAUUUUCACAUAGUCCAGAUAUUGUUAGUGUAAAGUACUCAGACAUAUCAGCAAAGCUCUUCUUUGUUCCUAGAGACAGGAAGUGAUGGCUGGCAGCUGUAAGUGGGUACAUGUGGUGUAUCAUCUUGAAGGAGAAAGAUAACUGAUCUCAUAUAUUGCAAAUGGGAUGUUAUCACACUAUAUUUUCCUAAAGUAAACAUUGAUGAAUUGGUUUUUGGUUUGUUUAGAAGUUGGUGUAGACUCUUGUGAAACAUUAUUUACAAGUAAUCCUUUAAGGGAAAAGUUCAAAACUUUUACUUUAUUUUUGACUCCCUAGUCUGAGGGAAAUAGCUUUUAUAUAAAAAUGUUGACUCCUGCAAUUUGUUUAUUCCAGUCUUUUUCCUGCUCUAUUUUUUCUUCCUGAUGAAUUUAUAGAAAUAUUAACCCAUCAGUUUAUCAACUUCUCUGUGCUUUUGUUGAGCCACAGUCUUGGCUCAGCAAUGUAAUAAUGAAGCAUAAUAUAUUUAAGAGAAAAAAAUCUAGGAUGCUUGUACAAAACAAGUUUUGCCUGCAGUUUGCUUUUAAAAACUGCAUGAAUAUUUCUUUUAAAACUGCUCCAUGGCAAUGAAGUCAGAAAUGAGGUGAGGAUGUAACUCACCUGAAUAAUCAGGGAUCACUCUCAGAUUUGGCUUGAUCUCUGUUUAGUGCUUCUCUAAGUCAACUCUGUGCCAAAUCCUCCUCUAUGUAAAACUCAGAUCGCUUUUUUUCUGAGUUCUUGUGAUUUCGGUGAAGAUGGCUGCAUAUAUGAAUUAUAAAUCCUGAAGAAAAAGUUUUGUGGGGGUUGGUUAAGUUUCACAUUCGUGAGUGAGAAAAGUAAUAGAGCAUGUAGAAUUAGACAUUCGGCUGUUGAUGGGAUGGACGUAUAUCAGAUUCUUUAGAGAAAGCUUGGCCUAAGGAGUUAAUCAGUACAGGUGCAGAUGAUUUUAAGGCAUUAAACAAAGGAUUAUAUAGUUAUAUCACUUAGAAUGUUUCUAAUAACUGAGACCCUCUAGCAUUUUUCUUUUGGAGUCUCAUUUUAAUUUGUGCAAUAUUUUCAGGCAUAUAGACUACUGUUCAUUGUAUUUAUAUAGAUGUUAGGGAACUUAGUAAGUAUUUUAACAAGUAAAAAUCUGAAUAAUGAGAGAAGGUAUCAGACUUGCACUUUAAAUAAGCUUAAUUGCUUGGAGUUGUGCCUGAAAUAUCAAAAUGCCUCUUGGGCGUGGCUUUCUUUGUUCAAAUGAAUUUCUCUGUAAUUGUUGCUGUUUGAAGUACAGCCUUUCACAGAAUUAUAUCCUCAGCAUGUCACUUUACUCAUUAAAGCACUAAGUUCUUUGAAUGUUUCAUGGUACCCUUAAGUAUUUUACUCAGUGUGUCAAAGAGAACAUGAUUCCCCCCACCAUAGCUGUCACUUCUGGUCUUCCUGUAGCAUAGAUGGUUGUUACAGACACAGAAGUGCACUUUUCAGUUUCUGAGCAGAGUUGUCAUGAUGGUUUCCUGGUCUCUGGGGCACUGACGAUGUAAUUUGGAGUCACCAGCUAGGCUUGCAAUGAAGUUCAGUAAGACUGCAGCAUAGUUUCCGUUUACUCUUCCUGUUACACAGUAGUUUUCAUGUUUAUGCAUUAGUUUGGGUGGUUAUGUUUGCAUGCCUAUGUGCACAUUUGAAAAUUAAUUAAGCUGUAAUACAAAUCCCUGAUGUUUUUCCUUGAGGAUGAUGGCCUUGCUAUUUUUCUUCAUUCUGAUGCUUGAAUUAUAUUUUCUAAUUUUCUUUCCACACUUCCCUUCAGUUUUUCUGCUGCAGCAAUUUGAAAGAAUACACUUGGAUAAAUGAUGAUGAUUGUGGGUGCCAAUCUACAACUAUGCUAUUAAUUAAAGUUACAUAUCAUAUAUUAUAACUGCGUUGGGGAAAAGCUACCCACUUUCUCCUCGUUAGAGCGUCACCAUAACAAAAUAAUACUGACCCUACAAAUUUGAAGUCUCUAAGUCAUUACUAACUAAAAACAAAAACACCACAGUUUUUAAUAUCUGCAGUAUUGUUUUCCCCAUUGAUUUUAAAAACCAGAGUAAAUACUGUAUAUUAGAAUUUGCUUGUAAAAUGAGUUAUAAAAAUUGGAUGUAAAGUCUCUUUCCUGAAAAUGUUGGCAUAGUAAAUAAAAAUAAAGUUCAUAAUUAUGAAA